UGUUCACGGUCACCCAGUCAGUCAUUAGUUGAGUCAGGAUUUCUAGUUCCCACUGGUUAAGACGAAAAGCCCGAGGGACAGUCGAUUCAGUUCUCCCGGACCUGAGGGGUCGGAUGGAGGCGGAAUUUGGGGUUCUGGCCCCACAGCCUUGCCCCUCCCCCUCAUUCCUCGGUCCGCCCUCCUUGCUGGGAGGCAGAGUCCGGGCAUCACCCCGUGUUCCCAGCGGAAUCUGGGCACUGCUUCCUCCGGGGUCCGCUCCCUAGCGACCUCCAGAGGGCGAGGCUGGUUUGGGGCUCAGUGUAGCAGGGGAGCCACCCUUCCCGGCCCUAUUUGCAUGGCAGAGACGGCUCGCUUCCUCCCCGCCCUUCCGCGGCUCUCUUCUUCCCUCCUUGCGGCUUCCCCACCCCGCAUGCCCUGGUCCCCUCUCCUCCCCAGCGGACCCCUUCUCCGGACUCCCGCUUGGGGCUCCCAACUCCCGGGCUCUCCUGAGCCCCUCGAGCGCGGAGUCCGGCGGCACCUGGGGGAGGGGUGUCCUGGGCUGGCCCGGCAAGGGAAGACGCCUGGGGCACUGCCCGGCGCUAACAAAGGGAGCCCGCUGCCGGCCGGCGUGGGCGCGGAGCGGGGUGCAGCAGUGGAGCCGCGGGAGGAGCCGCAGCCUUGGCGGCCAAGACCGCUGCGCGUGGGUUGAGACCAACUGAUGCAUCUUAGAUGGCUGCUUGCUAGAUGCCACUCACCAAAGUGCAGUCCCUUAUUUAUGGAUGAGUUGCCCGUAGGAGUAGACCCAGUUGUGCAGAGUGCACUGAGCGCCCAGAGAGAAGCAGUGAAUACCAUGGAGCCCAGCUGAAAUGAACUGGCCCCUGGAGCCUGUCCCAAGCCUUGGUGCCAGGUCUCCAUCCCAGCACUGAGAUGGUUUUUGAUUUCCCUGAGAAGAAUGAGCCUUGGCCUCCAGACCCAAUAAAGUGAACAUCCUCCUCAUGGAGAAGAACGCCAGUUCCUGAAGACCUAGAGGGUCUGCCGUCACAGGGAGAAUAGCCAGCAGCCAGCAGCAGGCCUGUUUUCCUGCUUAGAACGGAGUGGCUUCCCUGAACACAUCUUUCAUUAUGAUUCACAUCAUCCUGAGGAAAAAGCUCAGCUACUUUGUCCUGGCCUUUUUCCUGUUUGCCAUCAUCUGUGUGUGGAAGGAAAGGAAGAAAGAGAGUUACUAUGAUUCUCUUAAAUUGGAAACUGAGGGAUCCCGGGUGGUGACGAGUCUGGAGAAACUGGCUAUGGGGUCUGGUUCACAGUCAUCUGUCAGUACUGGCAAGGGCAGCCAGGCCCCCAGCAACACCAGGGCCUCAGCCAAAGCCAAGCUGGAGCCCUCCUUCCAGGUGUGGAACAAGGACAGCUCUUCCAAAAACCUCCCCUCCAGGCUGCGGACUAUCAGGAGAAAUUACCUGAAAAUGAACAAGUACAACGUAACGUAUAAGGGGCCAGGGCCAGGCAUCAAGUUCAGUGCAGAGGCCCUGCGCUGCCACCUCCGGGACCAUGUGAAUGUAUCCAUGGUAGAGUCCACAGAUUUUCCCUUCAACACCUCCGAGUGGGAGGGUUACCUGCCCAAGGAGAACAUCAGGACCAAGGCUGGGUCGUGGGGCAGGUGUGCUGUUGUCUCUUCAGCAGGAUCUCUGAAGUCCUCCCAACUGGGCCGAGAAAUAGAUGAUCAUGAUGCUGUCCUGAGGUUUAAUGCGGCGCCCACAGCCAACUUCGAACAAGAUGUGGGUACAAAAACUACCGUUCGCCUGAUAAAUUCCCAGGUUUCUGUUGGAGCCCUGGUGGUGCAGAUACUCCUUGGAAACCCUAUGGGUCAGCUCCACUCUGGCCUAGAGAGUUGCUAUGAGUUGGAAUCGACUCGAUGGGAACAGUUUGUUUUUUUUUGUUUGUAUCUUCUGCAAAUCGCUCCAGAGAUCUUCCUCAUGUUUUUGUUUCAGCUGCACAGUACUCUUUUGUGGUUGGUCACCACAGAAAAGCACUUCCUCGAAGAUAGUUUUUACAAUGAAGGAAUCCUAAUUGUGUGGGACCCGUCUAUAUACCAUUCAGACAUCCCAAAGUGGUAUGAGCAUCCCGACUACAGUUUCUUUAACAACUACAAGAGCUAUUGUAACAUGCAUCCCGAUCAGCCCUUCUACAUCCUCAGGCCCCAGAUGCCUUGGGAACUAUGGGACAUCCUUCAGGAAAUCUCCCCAGAGGAGAUUCAGCCAAACCCACCGUCCUCUGGGAUGCUUGGCAUCAUAAUCAUGAUGACACUAUGUGACCAGGUGGAUAUUUAUGAGUUCCUCCCAUCCAAGCGCAAGACUGACGUAUGCUACUACUACCAGAAGUUCUUCGACACCGCCUGCACGAUGGGCGCCUACCACCCGCUCCUCUUUGAGAAGAACAUGGUGAAGCACCUGAACCAGGGCACAGAUGAGGACAUUUACUUUCAUGGAAAAGCCACACUGUCUGGCUUCCGGAGCAUUCGCUGCUGAGUAGGGGCUCCCUAACCAGGGCCCUCACCUUUCUCCAUGGGGCAUUUUCCAGCUGGUCUCUUAGCUACUCUAGGCCUAGAAAGACCAUGUUCCUGAGCAACCCCAGCCUGCUCCUUACACUCUAUAGCCUUCCAUCAGCAGACCUCUGGGCAUUCAAGGGUCUGAGAGCAAGGAACCAGGUCCAGCCCUCCUUGUAACUGCAGAGGUGUGUGAACCCAACCUCCUUACCACAAACACGCAUACACACACCUAGCAGUCUUCCCAGGCAGAGUCCUCCCUUCCUUCCUCACAGGUAGAUGCAUACCUGUAGACAUGUCCAGGUAGAUCCACCUUUCCCACCAGGGCUGCCAAAGCUGGGCUUUUUUUGCCCUCCCUGGAUGAUGUUGUUCUCUCAAGCCAACACUCUACAUUGCUUGAAAUCUGCACCUAGAUAUUGAUUUCAUGUUCCAUAGAGAAAGUCCCCCAAAUCAUGAUUGUGCCCAGGGCAGGGUGAAUCUGGGGCACAAGUGGUAUGAGAUAUAGGAAGCAUGUUUGAUUCCUUCGGAACACAGUUGGGCCCAAGGUCCAUGGCUUUGGAAUCAUCUGGGAGACGCAGUGCUUGACUUUCUGUCAGGCUUGGCUGGUACUUAGCCUGGUGCUAAUGAGCACAGGGGCUUGAUAAGCGCAUUUUCCCUCUCCAAAAGGAGAUGAAAGAGACCAAAAAAUGUGGUCUCCAUCCUUAAGUUGUUCACAGUCCAGUGGGAGAGAGUGACAGUGGGAGAGAGUGGGCAGUUAUGACUCGGUGUGCUCAAUGCACUGGGCGCUAGGUGAGAGGCCGACUGGCUGGCGGGCACCCAGGAGGGCCACAGACCCACUGUGUGUAUGGGUCACAGAAGGCUUCAUGGACAUGGGGGCAUUUGAGUGGGACUUAGAGAAAGAGGAGAAUCAUGUAAAGCAGUGUUUGCCUGAGUCAUUUGAGUUGUGUCUUCUUUCUGCCUUUGUCACUGUUGUUUAUGCUCUAUGCCCCGUGCACAGUUACAGGCGAUAGUUUUUGAGGGAGCCCCCUUACCCAUGCCUGAGGUCACAGAGUGCAGCCCCAUGGCUGACCCCAGCCAAGCCCAAUGCCAAAGACUGAAUUUCUCUAGGCUUGGCCUGACCCAAUCCUACCAGCUGGUUUGGCACAUUAGACCCCAACUCUUCCUUUUAAUGCCUACCCCAAACCUUCUCCCCACUGCCGUCUUUUCAUUCCCUUUAAAAGAGUCUCCCGCCCCCUCGCCCCCACCUAAUUACUUUAAAGCAUUUUCUGCUUUAAAAGUAUCCUGACCAUAUUGCUUUGACCUUCUGUGGAAGGUCUCUCAGGGAGGGGAGAGGCAGUUCCCUAAGGGCUUAAAGCCAUUCUCAGAGGUCAGAACCUUGGAGACCACAACUGACUCCCUGAAUGAUUUGCAGGUGUGUGGUGUCAGAUGGCCAUGCCCUCCACCACCCCCCACCCCCAGGGGAGCAAUGUCAGUGUGGUUUGCACACAUAUGGUCCAGGUAGUUGCACUAAGUCCCCUCCCCCCAUUGAGAACCACACUGGGCUGGUCCGGCCCCUGGCAAGAAGUUAAAGGACUUGCUCAGGGCCACAAAGCAAAGCUGUGGAGCCAUGGCUCCCUGCCCAGCUUCUAAACUCCUAAGCUGGCCCCACGUGCUCAAAGGGCUCAAAGGCAUGAGCUCCAGACAACUGGCUUGGAGCUGGGGUCCUCGUUUAUUGCCAAGCCCUUGGCUUAUGUAGGCAGAGAAAGAGCACUGGACUGAGAAGUCCUGGGUUUCCAAAGUGAUGUUCUCCUACUUACUAGCUGUGCCACUUUGGAAACUUCUCUUCCCUGAGCCUCUGUUUCCAUGUCUGUAAAAUGGAGGUGAUGAGCCUACCUCACAGGGCUGUUGGGAGGAUUGAAUGAAAGCACCUGUCCUAGCUCUGUACCUGCCAGUUAAUAGGUGCUCAGUACAUGCUGGUUUCCAUCCUUCCUGUACUAAGGACCUGCUCUGUGCUCAUGCCUGGGCUGAGUUAGACCCUGCUGCCAGGGCAGCCAGAGAGGGGGCCCUGUGCCCAGGGAAUUAACUGUCCUAUGGGGAGACAAGAGCCACCCUGCUUGCAAUACCUAGGAUACCAUCCAAGGCGGUGGGGGAUGUGAGCCACGUCCUUCACUGUCUGCAGCUCAGGUCUGACUCUGCUCGGGAAGGAGCGGAGAGCUCCGGCCACUGCACUGCUGCCUGGAAUUAGUCUUUUGCACUUCUCUGGGCCCAUGAGCUCCUGGCUUGCUUUCUCUUCUGACUUGACAAACUCAUUGUGAUCUUUGCAGUCUUGAAUACCAAGCCCAGAAGAAGGUGGCAUUCCAUCAGCAGGGGAUACGUUCAUUGUGGAGACUGAGACUGCACUGGGUAGAUGCUAGUUUUUAAUUUUUAUGGUUAAUAUAAGGGAUCAAAUUAAUUUAAGUGUGAUUAUGAAGCCUACAGAACUUUAAAUUCUGGCUCUCUAUAUGUGGAAACUUCUGUAAAAAUGAAAAUAAGAUGUGUUAUUGUUUGUGUGAUGAGCCAUUUAAUAUUGGUGACAGAUAAUUUAAAACGUUGACUGAAUACUGCAGGGACACCACUGUCUACUUGGGGUUCUGUCUUCUUCAGUAACCAUCUCUUCAUCCUGUAUCACGAGGUCCUCUAAUUCUCCCACCAAUCAAAUAAGCUAUUGAUAAUGGUUUGGCAUUGAGGCAUUAGUCUCAGAGACUUCCAAAACAUGCCUAGGCUGAUUCUGAAUUACCCAACCCACCCAGAAAAAUAAUGUAAAAUUUUUAAAUAAAAAAAAAUUUUUUUAAAAGAAAAAGCUGGUGCCUCUCUUCUUACUUGCUAAGGGGAUGACUGCUGAUUAUGAACUCCUGUCUCCAAGGAGAACACGGCUAGGACCCUGAAUCCCCAAACCCUCUCCCACUAGCUUCUCUGGUCUUACCUUCCUUUUUCAAUACUCCAGGAAGAAGAAUGCCUAUUUACACCAUCUUUGAAAAAUUGACUUAUUUGUGGAUAUUUCCUCCUUUUGCUUUUGCUUGGAGUCAAAUAACUAAGCUGUUUCAUACACAAUGCCUCAGGGGAGGGAUGUAACAGGGCAGAAAUGGAAUGACCUCACCUUGGCUUUCAAAGCCCCUAAGUGAAUGAUAGAACCCUAGUGGCAUAGUGGCUAAGAACUCGGCUGCUAACCAAAAAGUCAGCAGUUUGAAUCCACCAGCCGAAGCUUGGAAACCCUAAGAGGCAGUUCUCCUCUGUCCUGUAGGGUUGCUAUGAGUUGGAAUCGACUCGACAGCAACGAGUUUGGUUCUUUUUUUUUUUUUCUUUUUAUUGGUUAUGAGGGUUAGCACUAUUCCAUAUUGGAGGGGGUUACAUAAGGAGUUGAGCGCCUUAGAUACGGUGAAGAUCGCUGGGGCCAUUUUGGAGGAUGGUUACCACAGUCUGCCCCAUUAACUCAGUGAUACAUGUCCCUCCCACACAAAAAAUACACUUGCCCCUCCCAGCCUCUACUCCCCAAAGUCUCAUCCUUCUACUCAGCAGCAGUCCUUUCACACUGUGACAUUCCCAUUCUUCAUGCUAUUAAUUUGAUCCAUUUAUCACUGUUGUAGCACAUCUUCAAAUAAUUUUUCAAAAAUACACAAGACGUUGCAUAUCUGAGGAUGUUUUUCUGUUUCACAUAUGAAAGAUGAAUUGCCUGGGUAUAAAAUCCUAGGGAGAACCAUCCUUUACCCUCAAAACACUGCAUUAGACAAAACACAUGGCUGUCAAGUGGAUUCCAACUCAUAGCGACCCUAUAAAAAAAAGAGUAAAACUGCCCCAUAGAUUUUCCAAGGAGUGACUGGAGGAUUUGAACUGCCAACCUUUUGGUUAGCAGCUGAGCUUUUAGCCACUGUGCCACCCAGUGCUCCAAAAAAGUUAGCAUUGAAGGCAUAAAUCAGGCAUAGUUAAAAUUAAUCCUGAAAAAUCCCUCAAAAUGUUCAUGUUUCCUUUUUUGUCUCAUAUCUUUGUAAACCUCUGUAGAUUCUUACGUCACAGAUGAUAAAAUCUUUUACCUCAUCAGCUUUAUCUUGUAAAAUUCUUCUUUUAAAAAAAAUGGGCUUUCAGUGGAAAAAAGAAAUAGAUGCAGAAAAUGUGCCAUAUUUUCUUACUUUAAUUACAUAAAUAUACAAAAAUAUAGAUAAAAGAAAAACACACUUUGUAUUUCUCUCCAUAUGGAAAUGUGCCUCUUUCUUAAGGGUGAAUUCAGUCAGCUUCUUGAUAUUAAAUGUAUUUUCUACCACUUUACACAGGGAAGGUGGCACCACAAAGCCCAAAAGACUCCUAGAA